AUGGAGAAGGUGGCACAGUCUUUGUUGCCGCUUCUGACACCUCAAGAUGCCGUCUCGGACAUGGUCAGCUCAGAAGGCAACAUGAUGAUGCCCGGAGUGGACUUGUUCACCCGCUUCUCAGCUGAGUACCUGUUUUUGAGUACCCAUAGGUAUCAGGAGGCUCUGGCUGCAGAGGUGCUACGGCCUGGAAACCAUGUGAUCCAUCUUCAAACAGGGGCCGGCAAGACUCUCAUAGCCUUCCACCUGAUUUUGGAGGCCCUGGAACGGCAUCGCGGGAAGUUGGCGUAUUUCCUUGCCCCCACAGUGCCCCUGGUCAGGCAGCAGCAUGAAGAUUUUCAGACAGAGGACAUCGUUGGAGGGCAUUUGAGCACAAUAUCUUUGAUCGUUUUGGACGAGGUGCACCAUGUCGUGGCCAAGCGGGGGAAUGGUGGCCAUGACUACUCGCACAUCGCGGCGGCUUAUUCUAAACAGCCGCGUCUGCAGCGGCCGAAACUCCUUGGCUUGACGGCUUCGCCUGCUGAAAGUGUGGAGCAGACGAGCAGGCUGCUGCAGCGCCUGGAAGCCCAGCUGGUGCAAGUGCCGGAGGAGUUGGGAGCAGAGCUUCGGCAGCAGGUGCCCUCAGCGGUGCUGGUGAAGGAGGCUGUCGCUUGCAGCGAAGCGUUCCGUGCCUUCAUGGCUGCAGCAGAGACCCGACGGAAAGAGCUGCAAAGGGUGCAGUCUGCGCUGUCGCCUGAAAGCAGUGAGUUCUUCCAGGUAACAACUCAGAUGAAGAGAGUCGCCGAGCUUGCAGCGCAUGUUCGAUGCUUCGGAUGGGACCCAACAGCUUUUCCGGAGAUCGAGAUGCCUGAAGUUCCUGCAGAACUGAAGCCAAGAUGGGACCAGCUGGUAAAGCACUCCCGAUUCGGGCUUUCUCCUUGCUUUAAUUGCCUGCUGUCCCUUCUUCAGCAGCCUGAUUCUGGUGAGUUUCGUUGCAUCGUGUUCGUGGAAACACGAAACACUGCAAGGAACAUGGUAAGAGCCUUGAGGUCGGUAGCUGCCCGCAGAGCUGAGCUGGGCUGGCUCUUGCCUACCUGCCUAGUGGGCCAUAACAAACGAUGUGCUGAAGAGGAGGACACCAUGACCAUUGCGCAGCAAACUGAGAUUCUGGAGAACUUUCGUCAGGGAAAUGCCAACGUUAUGGUGGCAACCUCCGUUGCAGAAGAAGGGAUUGAUAUCCCUUGCUGCAACGUCGUUGUGCGACUGGAGCCUGCUCGGACGGUGAUCAAGUUCAUUCAAGCUCGGGGACGAGCAAGGUAUCCGAACAGUCGAUAUGUGGUCAUGUGUUGCGAUUCCGAGGAGGAGAGGCUUCUCGCGGAGGUCGAGGCGCGGGGAUCCGCGCUGCAGCAGCAGCUUCGGAGUCUGAGUCCAUCCCCGGCAGCCGUGAAUUGCUGGAGCACCCCGGGCCCGGCGGCACUGGAGCCGAUCUUGGCCUUCGACCCGGCAGCCCGCGCGCGCAAGGACUUUCCGAGCGGUCUGCGAGUUAAGCUGGAGGAGAUGGUGGUUGACAUCGACACCCUAAUGCCUACUCAGGCCACCGUCCGUAAGACUUUUUCUGAUGGCCGUUGUGUCCUGGAGACCAUGGUUCGGCUGGUGCAGCGCCCGGACGACAUCCCAAAGCUUCCGCUGGUGUGGGUUUGCAAGGGGCGUGCGAAGUUGCUGGGCAGGCGAUCUCCUGUUUCGGAUCCCGCGAAGGAGAUCUGGCUUUCUGCAGAUAAUCGCCGCUGCUUUCUUCUUAAAGUUAUUGCCCCGUUGUGUGAUCAUCACCGCGUGCGCGUUGUCAGAAUGGAAUGGACGGAUGAGAUCGAUGCCAAGCUGAAGCAGUGCCCUCAAACCGAUGCCUGGGCAACGGACCUGAAGAGCAUUGAGCGCGUCCGUCAGGAAGUUCUCGACAGGCUCACAGGCGUAGAGCGACCUCUGAAGUGCCAGAAGCAUGUCGACUCCAAGGGCUUUAAUGCCAACGAAGAUUACGUGUCGAAGCUGAACUUGCACAUGCAGAAACAAAGUCGGCCACAUGCAAAACAGUCGGUCGCGGACUACGAGGAGCUUCCUCGCAGCAGUGGGUGCCACAUCGGCAGUUUCUCGUACCGGGUGCUUGUUAAGAACAGGGUCUUUCAUGGAGACCCCCAGCCAAAGGUCAAGGCAGCCAAGCAAGCUGCCGCUUAUGAUACCCCGCAAUUGAAGGAUGCAGUGCUCUUUGUCAUCGAUGCCUCCAGCAAGGACUGCCUCAAGCCGCUGAAGCCCGAUGGCCGUUGCCUGCUGGCCGAGACUUGGGUGUCGCAGUUUGACUCGCGCAUUUUCCUCUUCACGUGCAACGAUGCGCCUUCUGCAGCACGGGAAGAGCUGGCGGCAGCACGUACCCGCGUGCAGGAUCUGAUGGAUAUGGGUGUGGUGGUGGAGUUCUUCCCCCUGCACUUCCCCGAUCAGGACCCGUGUAGCUAG